UUUGUCUUGAAUAAAAUUAUUUUUUUUUUUACAAUCUUCUCCUGCCAUAUAUAUGUUAUUUGUGACAAAGGGGAGGCUUUAGUGUAAAUUCGUGUACGCCCAUAUAAUAAAUAAGAAUUUAUUGCUAACUUUAACAAUGUCAGUUUCUGAUGCCACUGUUAUUUUUGCUAAACUGGAGGCUCUUAAAGAAAUCAGAGCUAAAACUGUACAACUGGAAAAACUAAAGCAAAGAAUCUUGCAAGAGGUCGAACAAACAGAGCAUGAGGAAAAAUGUUUAUUAGAAUAUAAACAAGAAAUGGAUUUACUUAUGCAAGAAAAAAUGGCACAUGUUGAGGAAUUGCGUCAAAUACACGCAGACAUUAAUGUGAUGGAAUCGGUGAUACACCAAGCAGAAAAAGCAAGAAACAGAUCACGUGAAACUGCCAAACUUAUACAUAAUAGUAAUUAUCAACCAUUAAAACAUGAUAUCGAUAGAAUGCGUAGAGAAGUAUUAGGUUUAGAAAGAUUACCAGAAUUAUAUGAAACAGAGUCGGAUCUUAUUUCUCCUGAACGGUUUAUUUCCAGUUAUUUUGAAAGACCGAUGCAAAAAGCAGAAUGGAGAGUAGAAGUACGUGGCGAUGAUUUAUUACCUCCACACAGUUUACAUCAUCCUGGUCAUCCAGGUGGUUCAGCAUCCUUUCUUGCUCCUCAACCUCUUCAAGGACCUAGUAAGCCAGAGCCUAGACCAUUGCCCCCUGCUCCUGGCCCACCUGCUCCAACAUUCAGGUACCACUGGCAACAACCACCACCAAUGAAGUCAUGCCUUUCAUGUCAUCAACAAAUUCAUAGAAACGCACCGAUCUGCCCUCUUUGUAAAGCUAAAUCUCGAUCACGUAAUCCGAAAAAACCAAAGAAGAAAGAUUAAUUAUAGUUGUAUAUUUUAUUCAUAAGAUGCAUGUGUGCUUUUUGAUUUGAUU